GGUUUAAAAGGUGAUACUGGUGAUCAUGGAAUGACUGGUGCAAAGGGAGAAAAGGGUGAUACAGGACCUCCAGGACCUGCUGCCCUUGCAAGCGUGCCAGGAAUAGAAGGUCCUCAAGGCCCACCUGGAAAAGAAGGUCAGCGGGGACGACGAGGCAAACCAGGACUCCCUGGAAAAGCAGGACCACCAGGGCCACCUGGCCCUCCAGGUGUUCCAGGAUUUCAAGAUUUCUUUAAAGGGGCAAAUUAUCAGAGUCUUCGAGAUGAAAAGGGAUUAAAAGGUGCAAAAGGAGAAAAGGGCGAAGUAGGGGAGCCUGGUCUUCCAGGGCCUACUGGAAACCCAGGACCUCCGGGCUUACCAGGAGAACAUGGUAUGCCUGGAAAACCAGGGAUUAAAGGAGAAAAGGGAGACUCUGGUGGAAUCAUAGGCCCACCUGGGCCUUCGGGUUCUAAAGGUGACCCAGGGCUUCCGGGAUUAAGUCUUCCAGGAAAACCUGGACUAGCAGGCAUUCCUGGGGCAAUAGGUCCACGAGGGCCUAAGGGAGAAAGAGGGGUCCCUGGGCUACAAGGUCCUCCAGGAGAGAUGGGGCCAGCAGGGAAUGGAACCCUAGGACCACCCGGUCUUAAAGGGCCUCCUGGGACACCAGGAUUCCAAGGACCAAGAGGGACUCCUGGAUUACCAGGGACUCCUGGAACUCCUGGCCUUAAUGGUAUUCCAGGACGAGAUGGAAAGCCAGGAACCCCGGGGCCUCCAGGUGACCCAGUUGCUCUUCCUCUUCUUGGCGAUGUGGGUACUUUAUUAAAGGGUGAUCCUGGCCCAAGAGGUCCCCCAGGAAUCCCAGGAAGAGAAGGGCCAAAGGGGAGCAAAGGGGAACGUGGCUUUCCUGGCCUUCUGGGAGAGAAAGGUGAUGAGGGCCUUCAAGGAAUUCCAGGGCUGCCUGGUGUGGCAGGACCACCAGGACCUUCUGGUCCAGUAGGAAGACCGGGACAACCUUGUUCACCAGGAACAAAAGGCGAGAAGGGAAAUGAGGGUGCUCCUGGGAAGCCUGGACCACCUGGUAUACCAUACAGUGAAAGAAAUGGCAUGAGCAGUUUGUAUAAACUACAGGGAAGUGCCAAUGUUGCCAGUUAUGCUGGUCCUCCUGGUCCUCCUGGCCCAAAGGGGGAGACUGGAGCCGUGGGUGAAGCAGGCCCAAUGGGACUCCCAGGGUUAGAAGGACUUACUGGAGAAAAGGGUGACCGGGGACCAGUAGGUCCUCCAGGAGUUCCAGGAAUACCUGGAAAACAUGGCACUCCAGGGCCACCAGGAAUCCCUGGAGAACCUGGUGAAAGAGGCCCUGUUGGAGAUGUUGGCUUCCCAGGGCCAGAAGGGCCAUCAGGAAUACCA